AUCAGAACUGGUACCUUCAUAUUUUCAUCAACUAUACCUUUAGAAAAGGACUGGUCGACUGUUUUGACUUUGUGGUUCGAGGAAUUCUAAAUUAAUUUAUUUUAUAGAUCAAUCAAUUAUCGUCACUCCUUUGCGAUGUAAAGUAUGGACUCAUUGCUACCUGCUGAAUGUAUGAGUACGUUCUGUGACAAUUUCUAUGGGAUCGACGAAUUCGAUUAUAGCGCUGCCUUUGUGGGCGAACUUGAAAAUGCAGAAGUGCCUCCUUUUAAUAACAACAUCGACUUCAAUAAUUCGAGUCAAAGCAUCUCCGACUGGAAUAGCAACAUAUCAGCCAACAAUAUUCCAUGUGAAUUGAAUAAUCGAAACGCGAGUAUCGAUAACGAUACAACGUACCCAACUCAGAAAAAGCAAGCUGAACUUUCUGUGCAAGGACAGAGUAAUGCACUCGGUGCGAGCUAUUUGCAGCCACAGUUUCAUCCACAAAAUUCUUUUAGGGACGCUGGUUUCUCGAACCCAGAACCUUGCACGGAUUUCGUGUGUGAUUCUCCUUAUAUGAACAUGAACAGCAGUACACAAGAUGCAGAGAAUACACCGUUCAUGAAUGUCUGUGGUACAUGCGAUCCCACCUCAAUUUUGACACUUUGUCCAAAAAGUUCGUACGAUUCAGAAAAUGCCACUGCGUUUUCUGGAGAGUGGAACAAUUAUUACCAACAAAACCAGCCGUUAUCUCCUCAGAGUACACGUCAAUCGGAAUAUGUCCGCGCGUUUGCGCAGACGGCGAACAUGUAUCAGAAUGUCGACCGAGUUGGCAGUGGUCAUUCUAAGCAGGCUGCGGAGAAACCAUCCUUUUACCAGAAGGACAAACAGAAGUUUACAGUACAGACUAGGGAAGGUGUGACGUCAAUGGUUGGUCGGAACGUGCCGGAGAAGGGUUUUUCUAGAGCUGCAUCUACGGAUUUGAACAACAAUAAUUGUUUGACUAAUUUUGGCAAUAAUACAUUUUCUGCGAAUGUGUACCCCAAUGCGGGUUCUUCUCAUUCAGAAUCACAGAACUUGAAUGCAUCGGAAUCUCCAUCGAAUAAUUACGUUUUUUCCAGUUUAAACAGUUCGCCUUACUCCUCUCAACAGCCCUUUUCGCCUUCGUGUUAUGUAAAAAAUUCUCAAUUUUCGUCGAAUCGCUGUGCUUCUUCCGAAUGGUCGAACACAGAACCGAACGCGGCCACUGCAACCCCCGCGCAACUGGCCUCAUCUGGUUCCUAUUCUCCGGUUUACACGAAGAAGAGAUCAAGAUUCGGUGUGCAUCAUUCGACAGAUCGAGAGCGUCGCGUACGCCCUAAGGUCGUCGCUGAGAAGGGCGCUUUGCAGUGUCGCGGAGUCAAUCGUAAAAAAGGCUCUCGUUGCAGAAACGCUGCCCUGAUGGAAUAUAUAGGUCCCAGACCCUUAUACUGUGCAGAGCACAUCCCCCUGGAUCCAGACAGCUACUAUAACAAAUGUGCCUCGACGUUUCACAAAGCAGUCGGAGAUGGCAAAGGAUGUCGCGAAGUGGUGCUCAAGGAAUUCGGCUUUUGCCACAAACAUUAUACUCAGGCCAUCGACUUGUUACUCGAUGGCACGGAGGAAGGCUGGCAUAAGGCUUGUUCUCGAUACGAUCGUAUUUGUUUUCUCCUAGCUCAGCUAGAGGCCGAAGCAGCCGCCGCUAAAAGGUCAGACCCCGACCUCUUUCAACGCAAGCAUAAGCUAAUACCUAAAUUCAUGGAGAUGAAAAAGGUCCUCUGUAAACGCCUAGUCGAAUAUGAAGCUUCUCAUAAGUAUCCGAAUGAGAAUAGAAGAGAACAUGGGUCGCCUUCUCUUCGAGCCAACAAAAAAGAAUUCGAUUUGUCUGCAAACAACGCUAAAGUCCAACAAAAUGGCACCACCUCAAGCGACUAUUCUUCUCUCUCAGAUGACUACUCGUUGCACAGCAAUUCGAUUUCUUCAGAAGAUGGCAUGCUGGGCUUUCAGAAUGAGUUUGUGCUAGACCGUCCAAACGCAGGAAUGAUGGGGUAUCCAAGUACUCAAAUAAAUUCGUACUAGUGCAUCCACGCUCUAUGAGGUGAUUUGGAAGAUGCUGAGGGUAAGAAGAAAAAGCGUGUUUCCCCGGGAAGGAGCGCGCAUAAUUUGCUCUGUACAAUUUAAUAAACAAGCAUAAACACCUGUUUUUGUACAUACAUUA